AUGACCUCUUUAAGAAGACCUUCAAAACUUCUGUCUGAGGAGGAGUCGGAAAAGCUCUCACAAAUAAUCCAGAAUUUCUUCCUGAAAGCUUCCCAUGUCAUAAUUCAUUUUCGGGCUGCAUUCCCAUCAGUGGUAUCGCACUUGGACGAUGACAUGGCCCUCAUCAACGAUGGGUUUUCUCAUUCAAAAGCCAACAACAGGUGGUUCAAUUUGGACCUCGGCAACAGCGAGAUCUCAAAAACAGCCCUUACAUUAUGGAAAAAUAAAGACAUUCUAGCGUUGCCCCCGCUGGUGAUUGAAACAUACCUGGAUCUCCGUGGCCUAAAUUCCAACCAAACUCUCAUGCUCGAUGACGUGAUUAUCAAAACAUCCAGAAAAAGUGAAAUUGUACUGGAACGGUGGCUGGUGGAGUUCGACCUAACAACUUUCGAUAACGAUGUUCUGGAACUCCCAAGUAUCUAUAAGAAAACUAUAAUUUUGUUCAGGUCACUUUAUCUGCUAGCCGGGCUACUUCCAAGUUACAAAUUGAGAGACAAAUUAUCCAAGUCGAAACUCAAAAACAGUUCAAUCCAUGUUUCCUGUCGUAUACUUGAUGGAUCCAAGCCUAUCACCUCGAAAGGGAGAAUAGGUUUGAGCAAAAAACUGGCGGACGAAGAAGAACAUUCACGAUCUAAAAAUUUAGAGCCAAUCUUGACACCUAUUGGAGCGUUGAGAGUCUCGGUUUCUUACCGGAAAAACUGCAACUUCCAAAUAAGUGACAAUGAAGAGCUUUUAUCUUCGCAUUUCAUGUUAGACCAUUUGUCAGUAGCUCAGACCGAAAGCUACGAUAGCGAUCGCAACAGUUUGACUUCGCCAACGGAGUUUCGGCAGAACCGUGUUUUGUCCACAUCUACUCAUACACGCGACCAGUCUCCAAGAAGACGAUCUUCCACGCGGUCUGUUCAACUAUUCAAGGUUGGGUCAAUAAAUUCUUCGUCAUCCCCUCCACCUGGUGCAACAUUGGGCAACCAAAGCAUUUCGUCGUUCACCACUUCCAAACCUAUACCUGUGACACUGAACAGAACUAAUUCCAGUGCUUCAUUGGUGGCAAUGCUGAGGCAAAAUAGAGAUUCGCUACCCAAGUCGAUAGGCUCGACCAUACAAAACCAGCCUGUGCAAGAAACUGCGCAUUUGGUCCCAUCAAACUCGCGCAGAUUUUCGUCCUCGUUUGGAUCGAGAAUUCGCACAACAUCCAGCAGGAACAACAGUUUAGAUGGUCAGUUGGUUGUUGCUAAUCCGUCUAUCUCCACCCCAACAAAUAAUCCUAUAUUGAACAACUUCCGAACAAGAAACAAAUCACCUUCGGUUUCAUCCACAGAAUUGGGGCAGUCGGGAUCUUUAUACAUGGACGAUGAUCUUGACAGUUUUAUGAAGAUGCUUGAUUCCAAACCCGACUUGAGGUUCACGUCGAAUUCUCCGUCUCUGUACGAUGAUACGCUGGCGAAUUUCAAGAAUAUGCAGAAAUCCAACGAUUUCUUCGGCUUGGACCCGCAACAGCGGUUGCCUUCGUUAUCCAACCAGUUGAUGAUCCAGUCCCAUAGCCAGAGUUCGCAGCCGCAAAGUUUCAAGAGAACCUACUCUUACGAUUUGUCACGGAGGGGGUCGAUUUCUUCGAACUACUCGCCAUCGUCCCAGACGCUCAAACCGUCGGUUCCUGCUCCGAUGGUGACGCCUUCGGUUUCGUACGGCAAGUUCCAUGCUUCUUCGGGCUCUCCCUCCAACUCCUCAUUGGCGCACAUUCUACGGCGAAACUCUUCCCCUCCUGCAUCGGCAACCGCUGUUGCGACUGUCCAGAACAGUUUGCGCCGGCUCACGAGCUCUUCGCAGCGCACAAAUACAAACUCCACAAACAGCAGCAACCGUCCAGUGAACCCUGAGCUUUUGAAGUUCAAGUCCUUCAACCAGGAGGUGUUUGAGUCCGAUGAUGAGGACCACGAUUCUCACUCGCCUCUGUCCACCGAUGUGCGGCCUCGGAACGUUGUUCGUUCUGGCGGCAACGCAGAAGAUGAUGAGGAUGACUUACUAUUUGCUAUGAGCGACAUGACGCUGGCGAAGAACAACCAAGAAUUUUAG